UCUCCCCUGCCGCUCCCGCGUGUCCCGCCUGCCUCCCUCUCUCUGCCCACACUGCUGGUGCCAGGCCUGGGACGUCUGCCCCGGGAGGAUGGCCGCUCUGCGCACACUGUGGACGGGGCUGGUCCUGCUGGGGGUCCUGGGGGUCCUGCAGACCCGGGCCGAGGCCCAGGUAUCCCUGCAGCCCAACUUCCAACAGGACAAGUUCCUGGGUCUCUGGUUCACCGCGGGCCUCGCCUCCAACUCGAGCUGGAUCCGAGAGAAGAAGGCAGCUCUGUCCAUGUGCACAUCGUUGGUGGCCCCGACUGAGGACGGCGGACUUAACCUCACCGUCACCUUCCUGAGGAAGGACCAGUGUGAGACCCGGACUCUGCUGCUGCAGCCAGUGGGCCCCCCGGGCUGCUACAGCUACACCAGCCAGCACUGGGGCAGCACGAACGACGUGCGGGUGGUGGAGACGGAUUACGGAGAGUACGCCCUGCUGCACACCGAGGGCACCAAGGGCCCGGGCCAGGACUUCCACGUGGCCACUCUCUACAGCCGGACCCAGACCCCCAAGGCGGAAGUGAAGGAGAAGUUCACUGCCUUCGCCAAGGCCCAGGGCUUCACAGAGGACAGCAUUGUCUUCCUGCCCCCAACCGAUAAGUGCAUGGAAGGACACCAGUAGGUGGUCCGCCCUCGGGACCUGGCUGCCCUGCUCUGCUCUGCUGUCCUCCAAGGCCCCCGAGACCCCAGCCCUGGCUCCACCGGCCACCCCUUCGCCCACUCGGCUCUGUCCUGCCUCUGAGAAUAAAGUCCUGAAGCAAGUCA